UCAAGCAGACGAAUGAAACCAAACUUACCUGCUGUGUUCGACAUUGUUAUUGAGCGUCGUUUCUCCUGCAAAAAUGAUUAGAAACUUAAUUUUUCUAUGUCGCUGGGAUUAAAGCGAACGUUUUAACAUCUACCUGGACUUCAGAGGAAGGCAAAUAUAAAGUAUGUCGAAGAGGAGUGAGACCUAACUCAUUUAUUUUCACGAGAGCAACGCGUUACGACACUCUGCCGAUUCAUAAAAACCAAUCAGAGUAAUGCCAUCUUCACCACGUGGGCAAAAUCUUAAUCUGCAUACUUUGAAAGACAAAAGACUUAUCUAUUGAUAUUGUUUAAAAGCAAAUAUUCGUCCUGAUGCAUCUUUGCAAACCACAUUGAAGUUUGGACGCGUGACGCAAGAUAUUGAGCCAUUUGUGUUGCCAGAUCCUCUGCGGCGGAACACGUGCUCCGCGAGACUCCAGCCAGCGUGGAAACACACGCUAACCAUAACUAACUACAAACUCAGCCAGCUCUGUUCAGAGAGGAGGACAUGGAGUUUGAGGAGUCGGGCAUUGGAGAGGAAUGCGGGGUGUUUGGCUGUGUGGCAGCGGGGGAAUGGCCAACGCAACUGGAGGUCGCGCAGAUUUUGACACUUGGACUUGUUGCUUUACAGCACAGGGGUCAGGAGAGUGCUGGAAUUGUCACAAGUACUGGAACAAACCCACCAAUAUACACCACCCUGAAGGGCAUGGGUUUAGUGAAUACAGCUUUUAAACCAGAGGAUUUGCUGAAACUGCGCAAUGUUAACCUAGGCAUCGGACACACGCGUUACUCCACCACUGGCAUCUCGGAGCUGCAGAAUUGCCAGCCUUUUGUGGUAGAUACGCUGCAUGGCAAGAUUGCAGUGGCACACAAUGGAGAACUGGUCAAUGCCUCCGCACUGCGCAAGAAGGUUAUGCGCCAUGGUGUUGGUCUCUCCACCAGCUCAGACAGUGAAAUUAUCACCCAGCUCCUUGCUUUGACUCCACCCAUGGAGGAGCUUGACACUCCUGAUUGGGUGGCUCGUAUAAAGAACCUGAUGUCAGAGACGCCUACUUCAUACUCCCUGCUAGUGAUGUAUAAAGAUGUGAUCUAUGCUGUGAGAGACCCCUAUGGAAACAGGCCUCUGUCUAUUGGACGUCUAGUGCCCAUCUCCAAACUGCACAGUUCAGGUGCUGGAGAAGCAGACACAGAAGGCUGGGUGGUCUCAUCUGAGUCCUGUAGCUUCCAGUCCAUUGGAGCAAAGUAUUAUCGUGAAGUACAGCCUGGAGAGAUUGUCCAAAUCUCUAAAAAUGGAUUAAAGAGCCUGAGUGUUGUCCCACGACCAGAAGGAGACCCUCCUGCCUUCUGCAUAUUUGAGUAUGUUUACUUUGCAAGGCCAGACUCCAUAUUUGAAGGUCAGAUGGUAUAUACAGUGAGGCAGCGCUGCGGACGGCAGUUAGCCAUUGAGGCGCCCACUGAUGCUGAUGUAGUCAGCACUGUUCCAGAAUCAGCCACACCUGCAGCAUUAGGAUACGCACAGCAAUCUGGCCUUCCAUAUGUAGAGGUGCUGUGUAAAAACCGCUACGUAGGCAGAACGUUCAUUCAACCAAACACUCGCCUGCGUCAACUUGGAGUGGCCAAGAAGUUUGGGGCAUUGACUGACAACUUUGCUGGCAAACGAGUGGUGCUUAUCGAUGAUUCCAUUGUGAGGGGCAACACCAUCUCUCCUAUUAUUAAACUGCUAAAGGAAGCAGGCGCAACAGAGGUCCACAUUCGCGUUGCAUCACCUCCAAUCCGGUUCCCAUGCUACAUGGGCAUCAACAUUCCUACCAAAGAGGAGCUAAUUGCUAACAAACCAGAGUUUGAGGACAUAGCCGGUUAUAUUGGUGCUACAAGUGUCCGUUAUCUGUCAGUUGAGGGCCUGGUAUCUGCUGUUCAAAGUGGGAUAGAGUCACAUGGGAAAGAUGAGAAGAUCAGCUCAAGUACUAAGACUACUAGACAUGGUCACUGUACAGCCUGUCUCACAGGGAAAUACCCUGUGGAGCUAGAGUGGUGAAUUUCAGCUCUCCAAACUGUCUUCACAUAAUUCAUUUUUGUAUAGAAACAUUUUUUGAAAUCAGAAUUACAACUGUAGUGCUGCCUUAACAUUUAUUGCCGAUAUAAAUGUCAUAAGGCCAUACACUGUAUUAGAACUAAAAACAUUCCCUGCAUUUAUUUUCAAUUUUCAAACAUUCCUUUAAAAUAACUUCUGGUGCUGUCAGACUUCAAACCACUAGUUUAAUUAAGAUUCUCAUUUAGUAAAAAACACUACAUUUUGUAAAAAAAAAAAAAAAAAAAAAAACUGAGACAAAAUCCAUUUCAAUUACCAUGUAUGCUUAUGAACUUUUUGUUCUGACUGUCAGUUUUGAAUUAAUGUGAGCUUUAGCAGUCCUGCGUCUUUGUUGGUCCUCAAGACACGCACAAAAUGAAACUCUGUAUGUGAAACGCACAUUUGUUUAUUAAAAAGUUUGUUUCAACAUAA